CGGAGGCGCUCCACUCCCUACUCGCGCGCAGGCACGAGCGGCGCUCGGAUGUUUUCAUUCUGAAUUUAUAAGUCAGAGAGAGGAGGACGCCUUCGAAACAAGAGGAAACGAGAGGGAAAAACCUUUUUGUUGUUGUUGUGUAUGUUUUUGUAUUAGCUUCCGGUGUAAUGUCAGUUCGUCGGGCCGGUUUGGUGCUGCUUUGCGCGAUGUUGGCGGUGACUUGUGCUCGCAGGAGUUCGCCGGAGCAGGAGGAUGUUCAGGAGAAAACGAACAGCGCCAGAUGCACAUCCAGGUGCCUCACUCUGCACAUGACCCAGCUAACCGCUGCUUUCAGACACCUCCAGAGUGACCAAGUCCUGGUUUGGUGUGAAAACCACAGACGCUGUGCUCAGUGCCUUCAGCCAUGCAAAGAACUGUGGGAAACCAGGAAGGUGGCAUCUCCAAAGUCUUGCGAGAAGCAGACAGAGUGUGUGACAAGCAGGGAGUUUCUGGCCUCGUUAAGGUCGUCUCGUCAGGGAGACUGCCCUCCGCCUCAGCGAGCCACAGGAUUUGCCGCGGCCUGCGUGGAGAGCUGCUCGUCAGACCAGCACUGCCCCUCCCCCAGGAAGUGCUGCUCCAAUAGCUGUGGACAUACUUGCCAAGCCCCAGCCAAUCUGUACAAAGGUGUCCCUCUGAAGCCUCGAAGAGACAUUAGCUUUUUGGAAGACUCGGAGGGUCGUGUGAAGGUGAUGUGGGUGUCGAAGUUCAAUGUCAGCGUGGAGCCCGUCGUUUACAUACUCCAGUCCCGCUGGAACAUCGGCAUUCACCCCAGUGAAGACCACGCCUCUCCAUGGGCUACUGUAGCCAUGACACUCUCUGAAGAUGCGAUUCUGUCAGAUCUGAGACCUCAGCGUUGGUACCAGUUUAGAGUGGCAGCCAUCAACAGCCACGGCAGCAGAGGUUUCACCACACCCAGCAAACACUACAUCUCCAGUAAAGACCCUUCGCCCCCAGAACCACCCACGAAUGUCAGAGUGAGCAACCAGACACUGAAUAGGACACAAUCAGCGUCCCAGUUCACAGAAAGGUCGAUGGAGAGUGGCGUCACAGUGGCGGUCUUAUUACGCUGGGAGCCCCCUAAGGAAGGAGACCUCCCGGUGCACAACUACCGAAUCACCUGGAUGUCUCGCCAUACGCACGCAGCACAAAAACACAAACACACGCUGCAAGCGCACACGCAUACAGUAGCCAGUAACACGCACGCACGACCUGCACAGUCACGCACACCAACACAGGGUAGGAAGGAGAGCAACAGCAGAGUGACUCAGGGGGCGCAGUGUGAAGUGUGGCUGCACGGUCUACCGCCUGCGACUUCCUACUUGCUCUCUGUCCAGACGGUGGCCUACUGGGGUCAGAAGAGACUGAAGAGUCCUAGAGCGCAGCUUGUCUUCACUACCAUCCCUCAUGCAGACUCGACCAAAGGCGACGAUUUCUCCAAUGAGCUCCCCUCUUCUUCCUCUUCCUCUUCAUCCUCCCUUCCCUCUUCUCUUUCGAUCUCUUCUUUCUCGCCUUCUUCCUCUGACCUCCCGGUUUCCUCCUCUCUCCCUCACCCCGAAACCCCUCUGAGCCCCGUUGCCCUUGGAAACCUGCGGCUGGAGGUCGCCGCCCCUCAUUACCAUAACAACCAGCUCCAGGUGAAGGUGUUCUGGAAGUGGCCUCAGCAUGUGAGACAGAGACACGCUGGCCCGUACAUUUUGAGGUGGCGACCGCAUACCUGCAGCACUAAUGUGACAAGCAUGGAGAGAACAACUACGGUGCAGGGCACUCAUCACACCAUCACAGGUUUGCUGUUUGCCUGUAAGUACGGGGUUGCUGUGGCGCUGAAAGCUGACCCACGGUCAGAGGCUGUUGCCUGGCUUACAACCCCGACUUGCUCCUCUGUCAGGGUCAGAGGAGGCAAAAGUUUGCUGUGCAACACUGAGAGUAGGGAGCGCCUCCUGUCAGGCAGAAAGGUAGUACUGCGUCCAGAACGACUGACCGCAGACUUCCAACAGGUCAACGGUACUCUGCUCGCCACCUUUCGUUGGAGGUUGUCCCAGCACGCGCUUCACCCUACAGCUGUCGAGGGUUUCCAGUUUACCUGGAUGCUUCAGUCAGAGGUUGCGGGGAAAGCCGAUGGACUGGAAGACACGCUCAUCUCCCAGACACAGACUAUCGCACCGUCUCAGAGGUCGGUGACUGUCUAUGGUCUUCAGGCCGACAGCGUUUACCAGCUGCAGCUCCAGGUGUUAACAGCAGGGGGCAGCAGUGGCACCGCAGUCUCCAAGACCAUAUAUACUCCAGCUAUCAACACAACGCUUUAAUAGGCUCCAGCUGCAGCACCUCCACCAUCACUUUUCUGUAGUCUUCCACUGUGCACUAAGGGAACAUGACUUAAACUAUAACAUAAAGAACAUUAAUCUCAGAGAUUUAGAUUCCUCUCAGAUUAAAGACAUUUUCUGUUUUGUAUAUUUUUCUCUCUCAUUGAAUCACUUUGCAAAGAUUAUGAAGGUUGCGGGCUUGCUCUAAUGGUUAACAGCAUGAGCCUUUAUCAUUUUGUAAGAAUUUAAUAUGAACUGUACAUAUGCACGGUGCCAGUUUGUGUUGGCACCAACAACCACGUCCCUGUUUUAUUUUUCUCAUGUCUGUGAAAAGUGAGACUUCUCGCACGGUUGCGUUUGGUAUAAAGAUGAGAUUCAGUCUAAAAACCUCACGUCACUCGAGCCAAAUGACACUUGGACAGAGACUCUGUGUGUCUGUUGUUUUUGAUCAUGCUAGUAGAGAAAACAUAGCACUGACCUUAUGUACAAUAAGUUAUGUAUAGCAACAACAGGCCCACUGUUAUAUCUCGAUGCAUAAUCUCUGAGGUUAGUGCGGUCUUAAUGUAAGCUCAGACAUUUUCAUAUUUUGUCCGUAUGUUUUUAACCUGUUUGUUUGCUUGUUUUUACUUUUGUAUAGGUAAAUGUAAUUGUUCGAUCAAAUCCGGGCUGUGUGAAUAAUUUUUUACAUAAUAGUACGCCCAUGUCAUUAAACGAUGAAAGCUAACGUAGCUACACCUGUGGUCGUCAGACUCCUGUUAAAAGUCAGAUUGUUGCUUUAAGUCUGUUGGAAACUUCUGGUGUGCAACCGGUAAGUUAAUAUUCUCCUAUGUAACCUUUUCCUGUUCAUAAUUUGUAGUUUAAGCUUUUACUUUUUUUACUAGUAGAUUUAUUUAUUGUU